AUGUCUGCACUCAACGUCGUUCGCCAAGUCGCCAAGAUCACUGAAGCCGUAGUCGUCUUCAAGCUCUUCGAGCAAAGGGGAAAGAACAAGGAAAAUGCCAAGGAGCUCUGUGAGAGCAUCGCAAACACGAUCGUCGUCGUCGAUACUUUCGUUCGUAUGCACGGAGAGCCAGGAGCUUCGCAUUUUAAGGAGAUUUGUGGGGAGAUGGAAAAGUACCUUCAAGAAAUGGCGCAGUCUAUGAAUGAUGUGAAGCGCAAGCACCGUGGCCUUAAAGGUGUCUUUAGCGUCGACGACUUCGGAGACGCUAUCCAGACUUACAGGAGGCGCGUUGACGAUCUGAAGACGGACUUUAUUAUGCAUUCAGUGGGCGACUGCCGUUUGGACGUCACGCAGAUCAUGCAUUCAGUGGGUGACUGCCGAUUGGAGGUCUCGCAGAUGCAUAGUCUGCUGAAGGAAGCGAUGGCCGAGGCUGUGGAUACUAGUGGCGCUGUGCGGCUCAGAAUCAAUAUACAAAGAACUGCGGGUGGAAGUCUCGGGUUAUGCCGUAUCCCCUUCAUGUCCGCGCAAAUGUCCCGGCUCCUCACUCCAAGUUUCUUCUCGUCUUCUUCGUUUGAUAGCACAGACCUAGAGGGAACAUUAUACAUCAAGGAGCGGUACCGAUACCUCAGGCAGCGCGACGUAACGGAGACUUUGGCAAGCUUUUCAACCGACAAGGCACUCGGUAUGGAACGGCGUCAUCGCUGGGCGACUAGGGACAACGGAGCACCCGGUCAGAAGCAUAAAACAGAGUGGGGUAGGGUCGACGGCCUGUUGAUGGCGACGGAGGGUUCAGGGACGGAAAGGAAUAUCACCACCAUGUUCCACAAUGUCGAAAAUGGGGGUGGCCUACAAACCUUGCACGCACUAAAGAUUUGCCCCGAUGUUGAUGCGGGGUGCACUGCGUCGAUCGCGGUGAGGAUUGUCAGUAGCAUCGUCAAUGUCAUGAUCCAGGAUGACAACGGCCCGAGGAUUCUUCUACAGGCGGAUUUCUCGAAGCAUUUGUCUUGUCGGCAUGAUCGAUCCGCAUUCGUCAAGCCUGUUUUAUAUCGAAAUAGUGGCGAAUCUUCACCUCAAGCAGAACGUCAACGUUGGCUGAUGCACCACAAAGCUUUAGUGGGGGAUGUACGACCGUUGCAGGAGACACUCUGGACCAUUCAGGCCCACAUAUAUACCAUGCACCAGCUAUUCUCGGUGUAUCAUCCUAACUUCAGUAACCCAGAGACCGACACCGUCCUGUUGUCACUCGAUGGUAUCCCAUCGUUCGUCUUGAGGAGGAUCACAAUACUCUUCACUUCAAACUCCUUCGCUUUCCGAAGUCCAUCCCCAUCCGCGAAAUACAAUAUCAUCCUCAGACAGCUGCUACGGAUCCUCAGUAGUCCCGCGAUCCUGGCCAGGAAGGGGUUUAAUGACCUCGAAGCUGAUGCUUGGGGACCAAGAGGUAUGCUGGACAUCGUCCGCGCAAUGAUCACUACCCCCGUCUUCCUACGAGAACCUUUCCGCGUACAUGCGAUAGCGAUGCGGGUCGGGUCGGAAGAAGAAGCUGAGCUCACGUCGAAAGCUUAUCUCUACGAGGAGUAUCACCGGAUCUCACCGAAGUCGCUGUUCAAGUUUCAACGGAGGCGGAAGGAUCAGUAUCUGAAGGGAAUGGAAUGGGACCUUGGACGGCGUUGGCGCGGAAGAUGUUCCUGGGACAUUGAUGGGUCGUUUGGAGGAGGCUUGUCGCAAGAGUUGGAGAAUAUGAGCUACGAAUCCGGCUGCGAGUACACCGAGAUACUCAAGCUUUGGUGGGAACUUUCCUUGACAAUGGCAGUCGCCUUGCUCUUCUACCUAGCUCCUACUAAAUAUGACCAAGUUCAAAUGAUAUUCUUGUGGGAUGAUUGA